AUGCUUCUUCUUGUUAUUAAAGAAAAAUUAAAUUUUGCUAGUGCUACUAUUAAAGAUGUGAUAAAAUAUUAUAAAAAUACUAGCAAAGUAAAACUACCUUCACGAAGUGGCAGAAAACCUAUUUUAACUGAAUGUGAUAAACGUCAUUUAAUUCAUGUUGUUAAAGAAGACCGAAAAGUUCCUUUAAAUGUAUUAAAACAUCAACUAAAGUUUUUACAUAUACUUUAUGACCAAUCGUUGGUAACAGCUGCUGGAGGUAUUGAUACUACAGCAAGAGCAAUUUGUUAUAUCAGUACCUAA